AUGAGGCAACUGGAGACUGCGGACCUAAACGAAUACAUAGACCCUUGUAUCAAAUACAAAUGCAAUUUUGCCGUCAUUGUAAUGAUUGGAUUCGCACUUGUGGAACAUUCAAUGUCCAUAGCAGUAAAAUUUUCAGCUGUCCAAGAGUGUGGGUCAAACAGUACUAGCGUCUUGGAAGCAUAUAUGAAGUAUAAUUAUUACUGGAUCUGUGCCUUCGAUUACCUACCCUCAAGCUAUUGGAGGAAAUUACGCAUUGACUACAAUCGUGUAUCGCGAUUGGUGCGUUGCUUCGAUGACUCUAUCAACGGUAUUGUAUUGAUCUCUUUCGCAAGUAACUUGUACUUUUCGUGCUUGAAACUUCACUAUACUAUAUCAAAUGGUUUUCAUCUACAGCGAUGUCUUAACUAUCCCAACUACAAUGAAAAGGAUUCUACCGGAUUCAUACCUGACUACCUAUUAAUUAUGUUUGCCACGUAUUCCCUGGUAUUUGUGCUACUGCGAUCCUUGGCAGUAGCUAUCAUCGCCGCGAAGGUUCACUCUGCGUCUCUGGUAGUAGCACCGGUGCUUUACAGCGUGCCGUCACCGACAUUCUGUACUGAGAUUCAAAGAUUUAUUGAACAAAUACACGGAAAUACGGUGGCAUUAACUGGCCUCAAUUUCUUCUAUGUCAACAAAGAACUCAUUUUAACUAUUUUUGGAACUAUCGUGACCUACGAACUUGUUUUGCUGCAGUUUGUAAAAAGUUAA